AGCUGCUAGACGGAGCAUUUUGACGCGCUGAGAGGAGGACAGAGCGUCACAUCUCUCCAAACGCCCAUCAAACUUUCAGCACAGCUUGUAGAGAGGACUCAGUCCUCUGAAAGAGGCCUGAAACGAGGAGGACACGCUGGAUUCGGAGGACACGGCUGGACAGCGAUGGAGACACUUCGGAUGAUGACUUUUGAUACAGUUUGACCCUCCGUUUAAUCCCCUUGAAAACACAGUGUUUCAGUUUUCUUGUCCGUUUUGCGACAGAGCGAGGGAUGGAGCAAGCACCAAGCGCGCCGAGCCCUCCUCCAAAACCGGCCCACCACGAGCCCAUCAGCUUCGGCAUCGACCAGAUUCUGGGAGCCGGUACGGAGCCAGAAAACGGACGCACGGCUGGAAGGCAAAGUGGAUCCGAUUUAAGCAACGGGGACGGCUAUUACAGUCUGGGAAGCCCGACUGGGGCCAGUGCGCCUUCAUACACCGCGCUGUCUAUCUCCCUCUCCGGUAUAAUGCCUCCGGUGGAGGCUUCAGGUUCUUACGGAGAGAGCAGGAGUCUGGGAAGCCGGGGAGUGAUUCGAGUUCCUGCCCACAGACCCAUGACAGCCCCGGGACCCCCGACCCCCGUUCAGAGCGCUGUUCCCGGGUUUGGAGGACUGUGCUUCCCCUGGAUAGGAAACAGGUUCGCUAAGGACAGAAUAUCAGCCGCUCUGGUGCCAUUCGCUGUGACGCGGCGGAUAGGACACCCGUACCAGAACCGGACACCUCCCAAACGGAAAAAGCCCCGCACCUCCUUCUCCAGGGUUCAGAUCUGCGAGCUGGAGAAACGCUUCCACCGGCAGAAGUACCUGGCCAGUGCCGAGCGGGCGGCUUUGGCUAAAAGUCUGAAGAUGACAGACGCACAGGUCAAAACCUGGUUUCAGAACCGCAGGACAAAGUGGAGGAGACAGACGGCCGAGGAGAGGGAGGCGGAGCGUCAGCAGGCCAAUCGCCUCAUCCUGCAGCUGCAGCAGUCCGCCCUCCAGAAGUCUCUCGGCGAAUCAGCGGUCUCGGAUCCACUGUGCGCCCAUAACUCCUCCCUGUACGCGCUGCAGAACCUCCAACCCUGGGCCGAGGAGAGGGAGUAAGAGGCCAGGCACCGGGCGGUGAUCGCUGAGCGUCCUCUAUUAUCCCUGGGAGGAUAAAUAAAUUAAAUUAAGUCUACAUGAGGACAGUGGGACUCACUUUGGUCUUUGCUGUGGAGGAAAAAAAAAAGUGCACAUAAACUAAAAGAAUGGAUCACCCCCAUUUUGAGUGGAUAGUGAUGAAAGUGGACCUGAAACGAUGGUGAGUGGUGCCAUCACAAACUUUGUUGGACUAAAUUUUGCAACCUGGGACCAGCAGGACUUUUCAAAUUCAAAAAGGGAGCUGGAAAAGACUUGUCAUUGAAAUUUCUCGUCGCCCUGUGAUCAUCCUCCUCAUGCUUAACUAAUUCUGUCUGUUAGAACAAGAGGAGAAAGGAAUGCACCACAGAGACAUGAAAGAAGUAAUUAUUGCCACACAGUGGGCGCAAGACUCAUUGUGUUGUGAAUGUUUUUGUUUUUCAUUUUCCUCUCCUCAUUCUGAGACACGCUGUUCUGAUUGGUUACAGGUGGCUGCUUUUUAAGGGAAACAACAACAGGUAAAUAAAGGCGAGGCCUACACUUCAGUGGUACAUAGUACUUGCAUUAAAAUGUUUAUGAGAUUUCAGUAAAUCUCCUGCUCCGUUUUAUCAAAAAUGUCUUCACAAUAUUGCAGAUAAAAGCUGUUUUUUUUUGUUUUUUUUUUUAUCUUUUAUUUUAUGUUGUGGCGCUUAAACCUUCAGAUCCCAUUUCUAAAUGUAUUCACUCCGACCACAAUGCGCCACCACAAUCACCUGCACUUACACAGGUGUGGUGAACCAGCAAAAUGAUGCCCAAAUUGUUCCAUUAUGGGGGUGUGUGUGUGUGUAUGCUGCUGUGAAGAGCAAUAAAGGGAAAACUAGACACCAGGAUUAGUGGGGAGAAGCAGAGGAAAUAUGAAACGGGCUGUAAGUCGGGUAAUAAAGGGAGUGAUGCAUGUUCAGUGAUGGUGGUGAAGUUUUUUCAUAUGCACAUUACCGCGCUCAUAUUUGCGGGCCGUAUCCUUUGGGAUCGAGACACAAACCUUCGCUGUAUAUGUGUAAAUAACAGCAUAAAAAUGUUCUUGUGACUCUUUUGCUCAUGCUCUUUAUGGUGCGCCCGAAAAAAAGUUUUGACACAUUAAAAAUGAGAAACAAGCGGAGCGACACGGUUGGAAGAAAAAACAACAAACAAACAAAGCAGACGCGAGUUCAUUUUGUUUCCUGAAAAGUUUAUUGAUAAAUAUAAUGAUUUUAUACAAUAUCUCAACACACACAUUAUUUCAUUCUGACCAUUGUGAGCGUCUGUCUGUGUGCCUGUGGAUCUGUCCGUCUUCCUGUCUGUCAGUCUGUCUGGAAGUGUGCCUGGGUACAUUUGAGACGAGCAGCGACGCGUCUCUGCAGGAAUAUUUGUUACAUCGCUGGUAGCACAGUGAGUGGGCGUGACAGUAAAUCAUUCAGAAGUGUGUAUUUUUGCCCUGCUUUAUCUCCAAAACGAUGGCUCUUGUUUGAAACAUGGCUUCCGUUUCCUCCAGAAUCAGUGAAAAGGUCUUUGCUCUCGUCCGUAUAUCCCGUCCUCCUCCCAGUGUGUCUCCCUCACAGUGAAAAGUUGGUCAGUCUGAGUCGACUUUUUUUUUUUUUUUUUUU